GGGGAUCCCUGUCUUCAGAGGCCAACGCUUACCAGGCUGGGGCUCCCUGUCCCUCCCUGGCCCACCCCCCACCCCUCCUCCCGUGAGGCCCUCCCCACCGAUGCCGGGCGGGAUCCCCUCCGGGCCCUGAGUGACCACCCCCAGUCUGCACAGGGAGAGGAGAUGGUGGCGGAAGACGCCCCGAACUGCCUGGUGGCGCGGCAGCUGGACAGGCUGCCCUCGGGCGACCUCGACGGCCUGGUGCCCACGCAGGACGAGCACGGCCGGCCCAUCCCCGAGUGGAAGCGGCAAGUGAUGGUGCGGAAGCUGCAGGCGCGCCUGGGCGAGGAUCCGGCGCUCCCGGUCCAGGUGGGGCCGGACAGGGCACUCCGGGGCGCGAGAGGGGCGGGGCCCUGCGGGAGAGGGGCGGGGCCCGGUGGGGCAGGGCAGGGUGGGGCUAGGUGGGAAUGGGGCGGAGUGGGGCCACUGGGUAGAGCGGAGGCUGGGCGGGGGGCUUUGUCCUGGCAAGUAGACGUGGAAGGUGGGGUACCUGGGCCCACACCUCGAGUCUGGACACCCGGGCACCCCAUCGCAUGCCCCUCUGUGGCCUCAGCUUCCUCCUCUGGGAGACCAUGAAGGGGAACCAGAUCUGGAAGCUGGGCGCCUCCUCACCCACCCCCUCCAUCCCCCCCCACCCACGUCAGAGGUGGUCUAUCCACAUGCUCUUUUGUCUUAACUAUUUUCAUCCCACCUCACCUCGUGCCAGGCCCCGUGCUAGGCAGUGAAGGGGACCGGCCCUGCCCUCCCAGCCCUUACAUUCUAUCAGGAAAGACAGGGGGACUUGGCAACUGCACUGGGUGUGUGCGGGCGGGCCAGGUGAUUCCAGGCGCCAGGGAGAGAAGCAGAGAGAGCAAAGGGGAGCAGGGAUUCCAUGUGGGUGCUGGGGGCAGCUUCUCUGGGGAGGGGACCCUGAGCAGGGGCCAGAAAGUAAUGAGAGAGGAACGCUGUGAGAAUCUGGGACAAGUGAUUCUAGUCAGAGAAAACAAGUUCAAAGGUCCUAAGGCAUGCAUAGGCUGGUACCUUAGAGCGGAGUGAAUGAGGUAUGAUGGGCAGAGAUGAGGUCAGAGAGGGAAGGACUGCUCACCAUCAGGUCCCUGGGGAGCUUUUGGGAAUCUGAAGCAGAGAAGCUAUGAUUUGACGUGGGUGGUUGCAGGCUCCCUCUAGUUGCUGCGGGAUGUAGAGGGAUAGGAUUUUGUCUGAAUGGUGAGUGUUCUACAGCCCUGGGUCCCAGCUGCCCUGUCCCACACAAUCAUGCCAGCCACCUGUGACCAUUUAAGUUAAUUAAAAUGAAACAAAAGUCAAACUCCUGCUCCUCAGUUACACAAGCCACAUUCUGUUUCUGUAGCCACGGGUGGCUGAUGGCUACGUGUCAUUCACCAUCCAGCGUUCUGGGCAGUGCUGGCCCCAGCUAGAGGGAAGUGGCAUCUCAGCCUGGCCAAAGGCUUUGUCCCUGUGCAGCAACACUCCAUGCCCUCGGUCUGCUGGGCCAAGGAAUCAGAACUUACUAGGGCAGAGCAAGGCCUCUGAGCGAGCAUGUGGAGGCUUGGGUCCCGCUGUGGUGAACUGGGGCCCCUCCCUCAGGGGGCUCUGAGCUAUAAUAAAUCAGGCUGGCACAGAGCCUCAGCCCAGAGGGAGCCCAGCGCAGGGUUCCUCUUUGUCUGUCCCAGAGUCCGUGGGCACGGGGGGGCAGGCCUGGAUCCUGGUGCCAGGCCAGCCACCAGGAGAACCCAGAGCAGAGUGGGAGAAGCCGCCCUGUUUUGUCUCAGCUACCCAAACACAGAAGGCUCUGGAGCUUGGUGGGAGGACCUGGGAGGGCCUGGGAGGGUCUGGGAGGGCUCUGAGGACAGAGACCCUCUGGGCUGAACAGUGAUGAGCUGAGAUUAGGAGAAUGUGGGGGUGACAGAACAGGGGCACUGUCUUCUGGGCCCCCACAGGGCAGAGUGGCUGCCCUGAGCCUCAGACACGGGACUGGUGCUGGCCAACCUCCUUGUUUAUGCUCUAAGUCCCAGUGAGGGCCCACUGGUGUGUAGGAGCCUGGGUCUCCCAGGGGGCACCUAGGUCCAGGCCAUUCUCCAGGGGCUUGUGUCUGGCCAGAACACGGCUUCUCCCAGCUGCGAUGCACCCUGGGCCUCGGCCCUGCUGACCCGGCCUCCCUGUGCCCAGGGUGACAGCGGGAGCAUGGGCCCCGCGGGGCAGGCGGCCUGGCGGUACUCACAGACCCACCAGGCUAUCCUGGGCCCCUUCGGGGAGCUGCUAACGGAGGACGACCUGGUGUACCUGGAGAAGCAGAUCGCAGACCUUCAGCUGCGCCGCCGCUGCCAGGAGUACGAGAGCGAGCUGGGUCGGCUGGCGGCCGAGCUGCAGGCCCUGCUGCCCGCGCCCCUGGUCCGCAUCACGGUCAACAGCCACUUCCUAACCCAGGGGCCUGCGCCAGAGGGGGAGGAGGCGCCCGUACCCGCGGCUGAGCCCCAGGGCCCCGCGGAGGCCGCGUCCCGGGAGCAGCCCCUGCCCUUGUGGUGCGGCCACAUCGCCCGGCUGGUGCGCAGCAUGUCCCUGCUGCUGAAGGGCAUGAACGGGCUGGUGCAGGGCGAGGAGAAGCCCGCGGUCCAGCCCCCACAGGAGGCCCGCGGGGAGGCCCCUGCCAGCGUCCCCGGGAGCGCGGCGCAGCGUGAGAUCCAGGAGUGCGGGGUGUCCGUGCGGACGCUUCGCGGCAAUUUCGAGUCCACCCCUGGCCCGCCCUGCGCCCCAGACCCCGGUCCCUGCGAGCCGGGGACCCGGCCCGGGCAGUGCGGGGGAGGCGUCGGGCCCACAGCCUUGCAGCCCCGCGCCGGAGGGGCCCCCGGGCCGAGCGAUGCGGAAGAAGCCAGCGACUCGGGCAUCAGCUGCGAGGAGGCCCCCUCGGAGGUGGGGGUGGCGCAGAGCCCGGACCUGGCCAACCUGCGCAAGGAGCGCAUCGUCAUGCUCUUCCUCAGCCACUGGAAGAAGUCGGCCUACACGCCGGCGCUCAAGACGGCCGCCUGCAGGACCCUGGAGGCCCGCCGGGGGGCGCCGCGGACGCAGGAGCCCGCCGGGGGCCCUGCGCCGCCCUCCCCGCCGCCCGGCGCGGGCCCCCGGCUCGGCCACCUGUGGCAGCAGCGAAGCAUCAUUGCCCACCUGCUGGGCACCUGGAAGGCCAUCCUGGCGCACGUGCCGGCCCGGCAGCUGCGGCGGCUGAGCCGGCGGCCCCGCGGGCCCCUGUCUCCGGAGCAGUUCCUGCCGCACGUGGGUGGGGCGCCCGUGCCCUACGGCAGCCUGACGCUGGACCUCUUCAUGCUGGGCUACUUCCAGCUGCUGGAGUGCGACCUGCCUGCCGAGGAGCGUAAAAUGCGCCACCUGCUCUGCUUCGAGGUCUUCGAGCACCUGGGCGCCCACGGCUGGGAGACUGCUCGGGCCUUCCAUAAGGCGGUGACUGACGAGGUGGCCGCCGGCCGCCGGGCCUGGACCGACGGCUUCGAGGACAUCAAAGCCCGCUUCUUCGGCUCCAGCCGGAGCCCCGCCUGGGACCCAGAGCCUGGCCGCAAGUCAGGCCUGACGCCCCUUGGGCCCCUGCCCCAUGCUGCCACCGCUAGCGGCAGCCCGGAGGCUGCAGCACAAGGGCUGGGUCCUGGCCACCAGCGGGGCAGCUUCAACAGUGAGGACAUCUGCGGCUACAUCGACCGGAGCUUCGCCUUCUGGAAGGAGAAAGAAGCGGAGAUGUUCAGCUUUGGAGAGUGAGACAGGCAGGCUGCCUGCUUUUGGGAAUGCAGUGUCUGGGGCUCAUCCUCGGCUGUGCGGCUCAGUUUCGGAAACCUCACCCAGAACCCCAUCAGCCCUGGAGUUAGAGGACUUGAUCUCCCAGCCCUGGACCCUCCACCCAGUUGCUCUGCAGGCACCUGGGCUGCUAGCCCGUUUCCCGUGGGCCCUCCUUCCAGUGCCCAAGUCACCUGCUGUCCCUCUCCUCUGUUCCUCCAGCACCGGUGGCCCCAGCCAAGGCUAGAGCCUCUGUCUUCCUCCUUCCGGUGACCCUAGGCCAUGCUCUUUCCCCUCCCCCGGCCUUUGUCCCCAUCAGUGAAAUGGGAGAGCUGUGGUCAGAGCUGCCUGUCAGGCCCUCCCAAAUUCUCUAGGUCAGAGAGCUGGCCCACACGGGGGUGUCUGCUGGCCAGAGAAGCCGGCCACUGUCAGACACGAGCUCUCUUGCUGUGCCCUGUUCCCACCCCAAGGACUGCAGAGGCUCUGGUCCCUGAAGGGAAGGCUCUGUGUGGGCCUCCUGUCCCGUCAUCCAGCUGACCAGCCCCACGGGCCACAGGGCUCAAAGCAGUGCCAGGGCCCCGCUGCAGGCUCAGGAGAGCAGGGACAUAAAGAAUUUUUCCCAGAGAAGCAGUGGUUGCAGGGGCUCCAAGCACAGGGCGCUGGACCCAUCCCCCUGCCCUGACUCAUGGCAGGGCGGAGACACCCGAGAGGAAAGGUAAGGAAAUAAAGGCCACAGACCCUUUCUGUGGCCCUGAAUGUCGUCCACACCCUUCUCCGAGGGGGACCAAGGGAAAGAGCUGGAUCUUCUCAGAGAGCUUCGCAGGUGCCUUGAGUGAACAGGGUGCUAGGAGCACUAGGGGCAAAGCCCUGUGUGGCUGGCCGUGGGAUGUGGCUUGUUUCCAGCUCCCAUGAUAGCCAAGAGGAUGGGUCCCCACCCAGGCCAUGAGUGCCAAGGAUGGCUGGCCCGAAAGCAGGGGGCUUCAGAGGAGAAGCAUGGCUCAGCUGUGCAGUAGCCCCAACAGGCGGUGCGUGGACAGGAGUUCUCAGGAUCUUCCUCUGGGAACCCCCUCCCGGCAGCCCCGCAUCCUCGGGACAGAAGCCUGCAGAGCUUGGAGGGUGGUGGGCAGGCUGCGGGAGGGGGCACAGAGCCCUUGUAGCCAGCCUGCCGGGACCCUCCGGAGGGGGUGAAGCUGGGGUUGCCUGUGCUGGGAAGGGAGGGCGCACUGGCUCGGGCUCCCCGCGGUCCUUUGACACCAGCGGCACCUGUUCCUGGCCAGCCUUCAAGACUGUGCUUGUUGCCCAUGUGCCUGCAGCAAGGGAAAGCCACCUGUGCCCCAGGGAGUCCCACACUGGGAGGGCACCGAGCCCCAGUCCUGAUCUGAGCUCCACCGCAGGCGGCGACAUCCUUAGCCCCACAGGGCCUCCCGUUCCUCAUCUGCAGAAUGGGGAGUGGUGCUGACCUUCCCACCCCUGGUGUCUGGAGGGGGUGUGCCAGUCCCCUGUGGGAGGGAGGGAUGGAGCAGGGGAAAGGAGUAUGGUGCCACCUCCAGGCUCUUGGUCCCCAGAUGGAACUGACGGAGCUAGACAGGGGGCUGGUCUGCAGGACACUGUCACUGCCUGGACCUGGGGGGAGGGGCAGGUCUGAGGGUGGGGCUGGGGGAGCUGGGGUGUCAGAAGGUGCCAGAUACUCUGAUGUCUCCCUCGCUCCUCCUGUGCCAUCUGCAGGACCUUGUUGUUCCAAGGGCUGGGCCACAGAAGAAGGGGUGUUGCGGGGGGUGGGCAGUAGACACAGACCUGGCCUCAGAGGUGGUCCAGCCCAGGGUGGUCAGGAGAGCACCAGACAGGGGGCCAGCACACCUGACUUGAGGGGCUGGUCUGUGAGCAUUCCCUGGGGCCUUGGGCAAGUCCCUCCCAGGCCUCAGGACUUUCUCAGCAGUGGGGCGAGACCAAGGCCAGCAGGGGGCGCCCCACAACCAUCCUGGGUUCCAGGAAGCCCUGGGGUGAGGCCGUGGCUCAGAUCCAGGUUUGAGGCUGGAGGUGGUGGGGGAGGGGG